UCUCAUGAAUUAUUCUUUCCUUUUAAUUUAUUUCCUUUUUUUCCAGGCAAACACUUUGUGGAUAAACACAGAGUCCAGCUGAUCCAGAGGGUCAGCAACGUCGCACCUAUUUUAGAUGACCUUCUUGGCAGUGAUGUUAUCAGCCAGGAAAGUUAUCAUAGCAUUAUGGCUCUGCCUACCUCACAGGACAAGAUGAGGACACUCUACAGUCACCUAAAUACUGAAAGAUGCAACGAUAUCUUCUAUAAAAUCCUUUUGGAAAAUGAGAAACAUCUAAUCGAUGAAUUCAGUGCAAAGUAAAACAUACAAUGGUGAAAAAACCUCUUUAGCCCAAAAAAUCUACCUGAGCAUAGAUUCUGUUGGAAAUGUCAGUGUGCAAGGAUUUUAUAAAACGUUAUUUUACACUUAUAUUUGGUGAGAUGUUUAUGGUAUGUGGGACCUUUCCUGAUCACUGAGCCUCUCAUUCAGUUUCAAACUAGAAAUGUCCCAAAAUGUUCAUGUAAAUGUGCUGUAUAUCAUGCAGAACAAUCACUGAAAAUACCAGAUUUCCUUCACCUAACAAAUAUCAAAAUGAUCACAACUGUACUUUUUGUGAAGAUUUAUUAUUUUAUACAUUUGAAUGUGAAUUAAGUUUAAAUUGAAAAAUCUUCCUUCACUAAGAAUUUAUUUUGGUGCUUCAUUCAAAAUGUUUUGUAAUUUGAACUAUUAAAUAAAAUCUUCAUUUUUACCAUAAGCAGAAGAAGACUGGUGGAUAUUAUGAAUAAUUAAACUAUAUAAUAUAUAA